AUGACAAGUAUGCGAGGUGGACAUGUCAUGUAUCGUCGUGGGCCAGUUUGCAUUCUUGAGAUGUAUAACCCACCUCAUUUUGCUAGGCAGCAUGGAUUUCAUCAAAGAUUACCGACUUUUCCUCCACUCCUAGAUCUUGCCACAUUAAAUUCCAUCCCAGGUAUUUGUGGAGACCAAAAUCUUGACAAUGAUAUCAUUGGAGCUUUAUUUGAUGACAACGAUUGGACCAUGUCCAUUCUUUCCGGCAGUGGUGAGAUUCUUCCUUUGGUUGAUGGAGAACAUACCAAUCCAUGUGAAGGGGAAGUUAAUUCUAAAAAAAAUCCUUCAUGUGCUAUUCAAGCAAGGCAAGAAGCUAUUAAUAAUUCUGUUAUGAAUACUCUUCUUGAGCCAUAUGGACUUGGUGAAGCACGAUCUCCAAGACUAAUGCCGAUAUUUUCAUCUGUCUCAGGUAUAUUUUAUUAG